UCAAAUUAAAGAAGAAAAAGAAUGGAAAUGAAGAAAUUGGGAGGUUACGGAGGGGAGGUGAGAGUGUUGGAAUGGGAAACAGAGUCGGGAGCUGCGGAGGAGACGAUGCUGCUUUGGGGAAUCCAACAGCCCACUUUCUCUAAACAAAACGCCUUCGUUUCCCACUCUUCUCUCCAACUCCGUCUCGAUGCUUGCGGCCAUUCUCUCUCCAUUCUCCAGUCUCCUUCUUCCUUGGGAAAACCUGGAGUAACUGGGGCAGUCAUGUGGGAUAGUGGAGUUGUGUUAGGGAAAUUUCUUGAGCAUGCUGUGGACUUGGGGAUGCUUGUUCUUCAGGGCAAGAAGGUCGUUGAAUUGGGUUCUGGCUGUGGAUUAGCAGGUUGUAUAGGAGCUCUUUUAGGUGCUCAAGUUAUCCUCACUGAUCUGCCUGAUAGACUGAAGUUACUUAAAAAGAAUGUUGAGACCAACCUGCGACAUGGAGUGCGGGGUUCUGCUGCUGUGAAGGAACUCACUUGGGGCGAUGACCCUGAUGAUGAUUUGAUUGAACCUUCACCUGAUUAUGUACUAGGGUCGGAUGUGAUAUACAGUGAAGGAGCAGUUGUGGAUUUACUGGACACCCUUAUACAACUAUGUGGACAACAAACGACAGUGUUUUUAUCAGGAGAACUUCGAAACGAUACCGUCCUUGAAUGCUUUUUAGAAGCUGCAGUGAAGGAUUUUGUGGUUGGGCGCGUUGAUCAGUCACAGUGGCAUCCAGACUAUCGUACUCCGAGGGUUGUGAUGUACAUCCUAGUGAAGAAGAGAGGUUCGGCCAGCAUAUUUUGAGCAGACAGUAGUCGGCUAUUCAUUCAGCCAAACUUGGAACAUGUUUGAAAAAGCUAAUUCGAUCUUUUCGUCACAGAAAAGAAUGAGCACAUUUUCAC